GGCGGUGGUCACAGAGGUGCGCAUGCGCUGGCCGCCUUUGCCGACACAGGGCAGCGCUGACGGGCACGGGGGCUGGGUCGGAGUAGAGCGGGCGCAGGAUGGACGAGGACGUGCUGACCACUCUGAAGAUACUCAUCAUCGGCGAGAGUGGGGUGGGCAAGUCCAGCCUGCUCCUGAGGUUCACAGAUGAUACCUUUGAUCCAGAACUUGCAGCAACAAUAGAAUUUUCAUUUCUUCAAGGUGUUGACUUUAAGGUGAAAACGAUUUCAGUGGAUGGAAAUAAGGCUAAACUUGCAAUAUGGGAUACAGCUGGUCAAGAGAGGUUCAGAACAUUAACUCCCAGCUAUUAUAGAGGUGCACAGGGAGUUAUAUUAGUCUAUGAUGUCACAAGAAGAGACACCUUUGUUAAACUGGAUAACUGGUUAAAUGAAUUGGAAACAUACUGUACAAGAAAUGACAUAGUAAACAUGCUAGUUGGAAAUAAAAUUGAUAAGGAAAACCGUGAAGUCGAUAGAAAUGAAGGCUUGAAAUUUGCACGCAAGCAUUCUAUGUUGUUCAUAGAGGCAAGUGCAAAAACCUGUGAUGGUGUACAGUGUGCCUUUGAGGAGCUUGUUGAGAAGAUCAUUCAGACACCUGGCCUGUGGGAAAGUGAGAACCAGAACAAAGGAGUCAAGCUGUCACACAGGGAAGAGAGCCGCGGAGGAGGCGCCUGCGGCGGUUACUGCUCUGUGCUAUAAACUCUGGGAAUUCCAUCUCUUGCAUAUUUGAUCAGAUAGUGACAUCUUUCUGUAUAUAAACUCUUAACUGCUAUUAGGGACCUUGCAGUUUGCACAUAAGUGUUUUUAUCAUGGCAGUGAGUAUUUGCAAGAAACUCCCUCAUUGGCUUUCCCAGGUGAAAUGGUAUGGUAAGCAUGCAGUUUUCAGUCUGUAGAGUUUUUUUGGGGGGAGGGGAGGGGAUUGCUGUUGUUUUGUUUUGGGCUUUUUUUUUUAAUGUAACGUAAAAUCGAUGUCGCUUCAUGGCACAUGUGAUUUUAUGGUUUGCAUUUAUCAUGUCAUUUUAAAACAUCAUCUGUCUGUAUGUGUUGCUGCAAGUCUGCUUUUGUUCUCCCUUCUGCUUAAUUACUGAAUUACUUGUUAUGUAGAACUAUAACCAUGGGAAGGUUUCCCUUGAGGAAUAACAAAGCAUGAUUCACAGCUUUUCUAGGAUGCUUUAGACUCUUAGUACUAAGUAAAAUUCUCAGUUCAGAAUACAGCCCAGGCCAAUUCAUAAUUAAACCUCUAUUUGUUCUGAUGAUGCUUCCAAAAUAGAAUUGCUAAGUUAAGGAAGUUUGGUAUGUUAAUUUACACCAGUGAUGAACUCAGCUACGCAGGGCACUAACCCUAUGUUGCACACGCUGGGUUCCUGAUCUUGGUGCGAUGUUUUGGUUACAUGGCAUCUGGCAGGCUUUCUGCCAUUUGGGUUUCAGAAGAACAUGAACAGUAUAUUAUUAUAGCUCCUUUAAUUCUUCCACUUUUAAAACCAACAUGUUUUUUCACAAGUGUUGGUAGUGUUUGUCCGGGUGCCUCAGUUGUAACUUGUUGUAUAAUGACUGUCUGUAUCUUAAUGGCUUCCAUAAAUGACUAGUUGCUAUUCAAAACAUAUUUUUGUGAUUUGAAGAUGGGGAAGGAAAACACUAAAUGACAAUUUGAGAAAGGUGUAUUGUUCCAAAUUCUGACUGGAGGGGAGAGGCUCUUGCAGUGAGAUCGUUGAUAAGUUACUGCAAAAGUAGCCACUAGUUUAUUAAAAACCAAACUGUACAGAUUAAUAAACCUUUUCCACAAUAUUCAGUUUUCUAACUCCUUGUUGCCGUACAGUGUAUGUUUUCUUACUCAUACAUUAUUUAAUUUCUUUAACCUCUGCUAUUUAUGCUCCACAAGUAAAAUGUACUUAGACUGGUCACUGUAUUGUCCCUUAUUAAGAUGCUGAUAUUAAUUUUUACAGUUUAUUAUCUAUGUACAAUGGUAAAUGAUAAACAUUUUGUGUACCUUUGCAAUAUGUGUGUUACUGGGUUUACUUCGGAUUGAUUUCUUUCUGAAUAGGGUGUCUUCAUAUGGAAACCUCACAUUACAUCAUUUAUAUUUGGUGGUCUACAUGUGAUUAGAGCUUUUAUACAUUCUGUAUAUUUUUAUUAAAUGUAAGACUUUUGCUUCUAUAAUGUUAGAGGAAGGUAGCUCACACAUGUAUUUAUAAUUUAGUCACAUUACAUUAAAUUUUAGAUUUAUGUACAUUUUGUGUCUUGUCUGUCUUAACAAGACUUCUGCUUGUUCUUGCUGAGUCAUGCUGUCGUUAUUACCAUUAGAUCAUCAUCUUGAUUUGAGCAGAACUUGAGUAUAUGAGUCGCAUGAAUAUAGCUUUGAAAAUUUGAUUGUUGUGUCUAGAGAGGUGGUUCAUUGGGCAAAGUACUUGUUUCAGAGUUUGAAGACUGGCAUUUGCAUCCCAGAACUCACCUAAAAUGGCAGGUGACAUGGCAGUCAACUCUCACUCUCCAAACAGAAGAUAGAGAUAGAGGCUCCAGAAUCAAGCAGGCAAGCUAGAGUAGUCAUGUUGGCAAGCUUUGGGCUCAGCUGAUACUUUGCUUCAAAGCUACAGUGAAAAGCAGUAUAAGAAGCCUCAGUGUCAACUGUGGGUCUGUAUACACAUAUGGACAUACAUGUACACCCCCACAUACUUGAGCACACACACACACACAAAUUAAUUUUGACAGAUUUAUUUUAGAACCUUCUAUUUGUUAUAUCUAGGUGGAUUUGAUCAGUGUUUCUUAGUGAAGGUUUUGAAAGUGAUUAACACAUAGAAUCAGGCACCUAUAUAACAGCUUUGCUAGUUAUUUCAGAAUUCCAUAAUCUCCAGCUCUUUGCAGAUGCUGUUAGAACAUAAAAACCCAGCAUAGACUUAAAGUACUAGAUUCUUUCACUGAGUAGUAGUGAGCAUUUAUUUAUUGAUUUAUUUAUUGAAGCGUCUUUGGUGCCUGGUGUUCUAUGUACUAAAUUAUCUUCUAAAGCCUUAGAAUGACUUAGUGAUAAUUUGUACUACUAUUGUGCCUAUUUUAUUACUAUUUUUUUAAGUCAGUUUUGUUGAAGUUUGGGAUUUUAUUUAUUUAUUUUUUGGUGGUUUUUGUUUUUGUCUGUUUGUUUCUUUGUUUUCUUUUAGAUCAUCUCACUGUGUGUCCCAGACUGGCUUCAAACUCUGUCUCCCUGGUGCAUCCUCCAGGGGGUUGGAUUGUGUAUGUGUCCAGCAUCUCAGGAUAUGUCCAUUCUAAUGAGGAAGGUGAUCAGACAGGUAUGUAAUGCAAUUUCUCUGAGGUUAUAUGCUCAGUGAUGCAGCUGGAUUCCUGUCAAGGAGAUUUUACUCAUGACCCUGAAUUCUUGGUCUCCUCAUUGGUUAGUUACUAGCAGCUUAACCCAGCUGAGCUGAGUUUGCCCAUAUUUCAUCACAAUAUGUUUGGCUAUAUGUAGUAGAAGUAUUUCAGAUCUGUUCUUUGUGAAAUGAAUCCUAUAGAUAGCAACCUAUCCCUAGCAUCAUUGACCUAAAAAAUCUAGGCAGCAGAGCAGGUAGAAUAAAGGUCUGAGACUUAGGAAAGAUACCAAGGCUUACAGUGACAGCACUCCCUAUUUGUUUUGGCUAAUAAAAAAGAAAUGUAGUCUGGAAAUG